GUCCCGGAAUUUGCGCACUUGGGCGCGGCGGCUACUUAUUAUUAGAGAGCACACACACUUAAUAUAUAAUUUUUUGGUGCGACGGAAACAACGAUGAUCAGCAGAUCUGCGGGUCACUGAGCAGAUCGCUCGAUGAUCGGCCGGUGGUUAGUAGAUCCGUUGAUCAACUGUUCUUCUUCGUCCCUUUUCUAUUGAAUACGAGUGUUCUGUGGUUGAGGGCGUCUGAUGUUCUUGACAUGCUACCUUUGAGUAUUUCAGUUUGUUACUAAAUAAAAGUCUUUCACCGUAUUCGUUUUUUGCCUGUCUUGUUUUCUCUACGGUCGCUUCGUCGCCUAGAUCGCUUCAUCAUGCCUCUCAUUCUCUUUCCUGGCCAGGGAAUUCCUUGGACAAGUUCAGUGCGACCAUUUUUGCACCUCCCUGCGGUGCAGAACACGUUAAAGCAUGCAGAACAGGUGCUCUCUAUAUCCAUUCUGAAUGUUAUCACCGAUGACGGCUGCUCUAGGACGGCCUCGCAGCUUCCCACAAGCAUCGUACAACCAAGCGUGCUGGCGUGCUCUGUAGCACUGUACAGGGCACACGUACUGUCGUUACGGGAAUUGCCUGAAAAGCAUUCACUCUUUCUUGGCCAUUCAUUAGGUGAAUAUGCGGCUCUUGUGGCCAGUAAAGCCCUGAGCUUUGAGGAUGCUCUUCGUGUCGUUGAUGUGCGUGGACGUGCAAUGCACGAAUGUGCCAAACGGUAUGCAGAUACUGGCAUGCUGUGCUUGACAUUGCUUUCUCGAAACCAAAAAGCAAUUGGAGCCUUUCAUGCUACACUACAGCAAAUCCUGGAGACCCAGAAUGCAUCGGUCAGCAUUCCGGAAGCCCGAGUUGUCGUGGCUAAUCUUAACUCUCCGUUACAGAUUGUGUUCUCGGGCAGAAAAACGGCUUUGCAGGCAUUCUCCGGUAAGGCAAUUGAGACUAUACAAAGCACUAGAACUGGCUCCAUCUGGAGGGGAUCUCGGGUCCGGAGCACGAUGCUCGACGUCGAAGGUGCGUUUCAUUCUCCUUUUAUGGAGCCAACAGAAGAACCAUUAUAUCGGGCCCUACAAACCGUUCAAUGGAACCUUUCUCAAACAGACAAGGACUCCCACAAACUACGAGUCUUGUGCAACGUGACGGGCGACUUCCAUGAGGCCAACCCAAACAUUCUUUCUCAGCGGCUCGUCCAACAUUGCACACAGCCCGUCCAAUUUCAGCGCUGCUUUGACACUGCUCGUUCAGUCUUAGGGCCCGAUGCGACCGCUUUUGACAAUGGCCCUGCAACCGUAGCUUCCUCCCUUGCGCGUCAGAACGGCUGGACCUUGGAAUCCGAACGGAAUGAGAGUUGAUUGCACUAUACACGUCAACGUAGAGACAUCCUAACCUCGCCCACUAUGACUACUAUUACUACUACUGUACAUACGCACAACGUCCCCCCUCUCCUCCACCCAAUUUACUCUUAAAGGCAUCCAUUGAACUGCACCAGACUACUUGAGCUUCUUCUUAGGGCGCAAUUGGUUGGUGUGACCACACUUCUUCUUGCGGCAGUUGGUAGCACGGGGAGGAAGACGAGCAUAGCACUUACGGCAAAUCAUCUUCUCACAGUUGUACUUGGAAGCCAAAGCCUUCAAAGAGGGCUCAAUGAUACCACCACGGAGACGGAGAACCAAGUGGAGAGUGGACUCCUUUUGGAUGUUGUAGUCAGACAAGGUGCGACCGUCCUCAAGUUGCUUGCCGGCGAAAAUCAAGCGUUGUUGGUCGGGAGGGAUGCCCUCCUUGUCCUGGAUUUUGCUCUUGACAUUGUCAAUGGUGUCGGAGGACUCAACCUCAAGGGUGAUGGUCUUUCCCGUAAGAGUCUUGACGAAAAUCUGCAUCGUGGUUGGGCAAAGCAGAGUUGUUCAACGCACUCUCGUCGUUACCCAACACAAACCAAAAAAGCAGUCACAGUUUGUUUCCGUGACGCGCGUCUAAAUUCAAAACACUACGCGAAAGUAAACAUACACCAGAAGCAGAAGGGGAGCAAGAGAAUGAAGGUUGAGAGCACUGUACUGCUACAUAGUAACAAGUUCAACUACAGAACUUCGCCAGAACGGUCUUUGCGGUAAACAUUUAGUUUCGUAGUAAGGAUAGUCUGUAAAGGAUCAGAGACGAUUGGUUGACGAUUAUAUGAGAAAGGAGGCCAUCGCAGUAUUUUGUUUUGUCGACGAUACUCGCAACUUAGUAAUGAAACAGUCGCAUUCAGAAAACACAAUCAAGACAGUUUACAUAGAUAAUCAUUCUCACAAAUACACACCUUCUACGUGCUUGACUACUCAGCAGCAGCGACGAUUGGCGACUUUUCACAAGUCCGAUGCAAUUUAUUUAUGAACGAUUUAAUUUACACUUACUUAUUCGCCAAAAGUCAAACGAGUGCAUUGAACUCAAAACUCUGCUAAUGUUGUUUUCCUCUUGCAAUUCUGUGUUGGAUUCAACACUCAUCAAAUAGGAAAACUGAAAACUGAUUCCCCAUUUAGUUGAUGAUGGACGCUCUAAACCCAAACAGAAAACGAAAUCAAGGAACAUUCAUUUACAAUUUAUGUACAGUUAAAAUGUACGAUUGACCAUUUUUGACUUAUUGAGUCCGCGUGUGAGAUGUAUAUUGCAGUGAUAGUUAUCGGAGCGAUUCCAGUUGUAAUACGAACUUGAUUACUUUAGAAGCGGGACGCAGGACUCCCGCCCAUUCUAAUGAAAAGAAGCGUGUUACGAACGUGGCCGAGGAAGAAGAAUUAUGAAAGCGUUGUAGGAAAACUGGUAUCCAAUGAUUGACACAUUGGGAUAAGGA